CGAUGUGACAAUUUUUUCACGACCGCCAUUAAUUGCGAAUAAAAGCGUAUUCGCGUCCUCUGUUGUCUGUGUCAGUGUCGUCGUCGGGUCUUUGUCCGAUGAAAUUGGGCCCAGUUCCGACCCGAACCUGGCCAAAAGGGGAGAGGGCGGAGCUGACCUCAAACGCGUCAUUACGGUAGUUCGUCUCUGGCUAGCUCAGCGGGCGGGAGAGCCACCAUGUUCCCCUCGAGUCCGGUUCAAAAACGCCCUUCGCCGCUAUGCUAUCUCCUGCUGACCGCGUGCCUCGCGUCCUCGCUCGUUACCGGGGCCAAGAUGGACAGCCUCCGGGAAGUCACCGACGGAAACUGGGAGGACAUCCUGACCGGAGAGUGGAUGAUUGAAUUUUAUGCGCCCUGGUGUCCGGCCUGCCAGCAGCUACAGCCGGUGUGGAAGGAGUUCGCCGACUGGGGGGAGGACAUGGGCGUCAACAUCGCCAAGGUGGAUGUGACGGAGCAACCGGGUCUUAGCGGGAGAUUCAUCAUCACGUCGCUCCCGACAAUUUACCAUUGCAAGGACGGCGUCUUCCGCAAGUACCAGGGCGCCCGCACCAAAGACGAGUUCCUCAGCUUCGUGGAAGAGAAAAAGUGGAGUGCGGUGGAGCCGGUCUCGUCUUGGUUCGCGCCCUCGUCUUUUCUAAUGAAUUCCAUGUCGGCUCUCUUCAAGCUGUCAAUGUUCAUCCGGCGUUGCCAUAACUACAUGACAGGGCAAAUGGGCAUCCCCGUGUGGGGCUCGUACGUCAUCUUCGGCCUGGCCACGCUCUUCUCCGGACUCGCGCUCGGACUGCUGCUGGUGUUCAUUGCCGACUUUGUCUUCCCAUCACGACGAUUGUCCUCACCAGACUACUACCAGAAGAAACAAACGGCAGACCAGGCCCGGCUCCUCCAGCGGCAGCGGGAGGAGGAGGACCGCGAGGCCGACGGCGAAGAGGACGACGACGAGGAGGAGGAAGAGGAGGAGGAAGACGACGAGGCGUGGAGGACGCGGCAACCCCACGGGGCCUCCCCCGAGCCUAAAGAACCGGGCGUGAGGAAGAGGGCGGUGGGCACGCGUGAGGAGGAGGAUGAGGAAGAAGACACAUAGGGAGGCGGCAUGGGGUGUCACUUCAUCUCUCGAGUGGGAGCGACCUCACACUUCUAACCACGUUUACGACGCGCCUCCCUUCCUCGUCCUCUUCGGGCCCCACGGCGGCUUCACCCGGGAACAAAACUCGAGCGUCGGGAGGUUGGUGGAGCUGUCGGGAGUUUGCGGUGUACUUUUUUCAGCUAUGCAUCCUUUUUUUUUUUUUUUUUAAAUUGUUUUUUUUUUUAUAACUGUUUCAUUUCGUGUACAUAAAAGCCCCCGUAAUAGCGUUUUGAUGGCUCAUAAGUGCAAUGUCCGCCCCAAGCCAAAAAAAUGCCGGGAAAGUUGAAAACUUUCCACGGAAAGUAUCGAGAAUAUGUGAAAAUAAAGGGGGAAGAAUUAUUUUUUUUUCUCUUGACAGGGAACUCGGUCCCCGUAAAGAGGGAAAAGUAAUAAUAAUGAACUUGUAGUACCGCCAAAUCGCCGCAGAUGCAAAUGGUGGCGCUACACUGGAAAUUUACCAUCAAUUUUCUCCCCCUUUGGAAUUUUACCUGAGGCACAUUUUAUUUUACAAUAAUCUCGCUGCACGACGUCAGACAAAAAUGUCACAAAAUGUAUAUACAGGUACGUCUCAAUAAAUUAAUGUCAAAAUCAAUCAGGUGGUUCGCUUGAAAAAAAGAAACUCCAAUGUA